CCCCAAGAAGGCGCAGUCGCUGUGGCGUCGUUUCUGGUUCUACGCCAAGGAGUACACUCCCCCGGGCGAGGUAUGCAUUCCCCAAUACAGUCCCGAGCCGAGCGUCCCGCGGCGCCUCAAUGUCCGGUCGCUGCCGCGCGAGCAGGAGAAGGUGGUGAAGGAUAUGCGCCAAGCGAUCCAGGCGCUAAAAGAUGACGGCCUGACGGCGGUCGACAUGUACAACUGUUGGCUUGGCCGGCGGCUGAUCCCCCUGCGGUGCCGAGCUCACCCCAUGUGGGAGUACCGGGGACAGAACGACCGCACCCGGUCGACGGCGACCGAGUGGGACGAGGGCGAGUACCGGAAGGCGCUCGCUAAGAUCACCACUGCCACCUUUACUUCCUUCGAGGACGGCUUGCAGCCCUACACCGAAGACACCCCAGCGCCUCAGCGUUGGCGGAAGAUCGCGGACCACCUCCCUCCUCUCGCCGGAAAGGAACCACCGGAGAUGACCGAAGGCGAGGAGGAAGAGGUCGACGAGGAGGAGGAGCGCACCGAGUCGGACUCGGAGGCGCGGGACUUCAUCAGACUCCCGCGCGGGUCGAAGAGGGGUGCCGAGUCCUCGUCCCGAGGCGCGGGCCGAAGAGGAGGCGACCUCCCGUCCGGAGGACAAGGCGGAGCCCUCCAAGGAAGGGGCCGAGCCGCUAUCGAAGCGGCUGCGCCCACUCUCUGGAAGGGUCCAUGA